AUGUAUCUUUACUUAAGUCACAACCCUCGUACACUAUACCUGGUGACUGGAUCGCAUGACGAGCGGAAUGGACGACCGCAACGUACUCUCGUAUUUCGUGCUGCAGAAGCCAAUCCAGCACAGGUGAUCGUGGAGUUCCUGCCGAAAGAUGAUGUAAAUCUCACCAGCGCCGUGAGACUAACCAGCCGCAUCAUUAAAGGCUGCCUUGGCCUCAUCUCGGUCGAAAAUGAUACUUUCCUCGCGGUGGUCUCCUCUGCGACGGAGGUCGGAAAGACUCGCCCCUCUGACUCUCAACCUGAAUCCGUGGCGAAGAUUCAUGAAGUUUCGUUCUACUGCCUUACCUCCAACUUAUGGGAUGAUUUUCCUGCGUCGCAAGAUACGCUUCUCAAUCCAGAAAACGUCGAUGCGCUCAUGACAAGAGAGCAGCAGCACUAUUCCCAGUCCACUACACCUCCUGUGUUUGAGCAUCCGUGCAUGCCACUCACCAAAAUACUUUCAUCUGGUUCAUUCUAUUAUGCUCUUGAUCCGGCAUGGGAUCUCUCAUCUCGUCUUCCCGUUCGUCUAGCGAGAGAUCGAUCCAGCGCACAUGAUAUUGGUAUAUUUGAUGAGCGCUUCGUCUGGAAUGAGUACAUCGUCCGCAGUUUGCUCAAUUUCAGAGAGAGGCUAGAUCCCCUUGAAAGGGAGGAACUUGACAAGUGUCAAUUUAUCGUGUUAGCCAUACAAGGCUAUGUGGGCGUCUUUACCAUGGCUUUGCCCGCACCCCCGGUUAACGGAGCCCCCGUUAUUGCGACAUUGUCAUUAAUCUCUCGUCUUGGGUGGAGACGAGCUGGCACUCGUUUCAAUACUCGGGGUGUAGAUGAUGACGGGAACACUGCUAAUUUUGUUGAGACUGAAACUAUCCUCACAACAGAUCAACAUUGUGUGAGUUAUACUCAAGUCCGAGGAAGUGUCCCAUUGUUUUGGGAACAACAAGGGCUCCAGACCUUUGGCCAGCGCAUACAGAUCACACGGCCGCAUGCCUCCCAGCCUGCAUUUGAGCGCCACUUCGCACAUCUGAUGGAGGAGUAUGGCGCUACUCACGCCAUCAAUCUUUUGGGUUCCAAAGAGAAUGAGGCCAUCUUGACUUCCGCAUAUGCAAAGCACCUGCAAAUUGCAGGAAGCAUCUGGGGUGACGAGCUCAGCAUUACUCACUACGACUUCCACAAUGCCGUGAGGAUAGGUGGUCAUGAUAGCGUGAUGAGGGAUCUCUGUCGUUUGGAGGGAAUUAAUAACAACAUGGACCGUUACGGAUUUACCAUGUGCGAUACCAGUACCGAUAGUGUGAUCACGGAACAAAAGGGCGUAUUCCGGACGAACUGCCUUGACUGCUUGGACCGAACAAAUUUUGUGCAAGAUAUCUUCUCUCGUAGAGCCUUGGAACAAUAUCUCAGUCUCGUGCAUCGUGAAUGGUUACAGGCUGGCGCGCUCUGGAUGCACCAUCGUGAAUUAUGGGCAGAAAAUGGGGACGCUCUCUCCCGCAUAUAUGCUGGUACUGGAGCGCUGAAUACGAGCGUUACUCGGACUGGGAAGAGAACUUUGACAGGUGUUUUGUCCGAUGCGACAAAGAGCGUGGCGAGAGCAUACAUCAAUAAUUUUCAAGAUCCAAGAAAGCAAAUCGCCAUUGACAUGUUUCUUGGCAACAUGAAUAACCAACGUCAAGUGCAUAUUUUUGACGCAAUACAUGACUCGGUCGGAAAGGCGCUGCAGCAACGCCUGUCCGAGUAUUCGACUACCCAAUCGUGCACUAUAUUCGCAGGAACGUGGAAUGUUAACGGCCGGCUACCGUCAUCAGAGAGCCUGUUACCGUGGCUCUUCCCUCGGGACAGUAAACCGGAUAUUUUUGUUCUGGGUUUCCAGGAAAUUGUUCAACUUACAGCCCAGCAGAUUGUGCAACCAGAUCCGGAAAAGAAGCGCAUAUGGGAACAGAAGGUUAUGGAAACUCUUGAACGUCGACCUCAAAGAACGUGUGAUUAUGUGCUCCUCCGCAGUGAACAACUUGUCGGGACUGCAAUUCUGGUCAUAGUUCGCUCAGAUCUAACGCCCGUCAUACGGAAUGUCGAAGGAGCAGCUCGAAAGACCGGUCUGCGCGGCAUGUCCGGAAACAAAGGUGGCGUUGGAGUCCGACUGGACUAUUACGAUACUAGCUUCUGCUUCCUGACUGCGCACCUUGCUGCCGGGCCUAGCAACAUUGAAGAGCGGAAUGCGGACUUUCACACAAUUGUGAAAGGUUUGCACUUUCAAAAAGGGAAGACGUUGUCCAGCCAUGAAAAUAUCAUAUGGCUCGCAGACACGAAUUACAGGAUAGACCUUGACAACGAAAGCGUCCGAGCCCUGGCGGGGGCCGAUGAUUUUGAUGCUUUGGUAGCAGCAGAUCAGUUGAGGCAGGCAAUCGACAAAGGGGACGCAUUUGCUGGAUAUGAGGAAGGACCCAUGCUGUUCCGUCCGACUUACAAGUACGACCUGGGCACCGACAACUAUGAUACCAGUGAGAAGAUGCGCGUUCCAGCUUGGACUGACAGAAUUUUGUUCAAAGGCCGAUUCGAUCUCGCGGUAUACUCCCGAGCUGAGCUGAAAGGCUCGGACCACCGUCCAGUUUUUGCACUUUUUAGAAGCGAGGUGCGAAUCAUAGAUGUCAACAAGAGGGCCGCGUUGUCUCGCCUGCUCUUGGAAAACACGCUGUCGGCUACCCCGGGCGAGAAACUUGAUGAAAAGCUUGCGUCUUUGGUACUUGCCGAUGAUUACUCUGAAUUGCCUCCGCCCAGCGCAGAUGAUAAUGCAUGGUGGAAUAGACCUGAACAUUCAAAAGGCAUCUUUCCCAUCUCGAUCGCUCACCUCCUGGAAUCGGAUACAGCCAACCCUUUUGACUCGCCAGAGGAAUCUCCCUUUUCAUCCUCGCCAUCGUCCUCUGACGAAGAACUGUAUUCACAUGCGAUGGGGUUGCAAUCUCCGAUCACACCUGUUCGCAAACCUCCGCCGCCUCCGCCACGCUCGCGAUAUACUGAUGUAUGA